AUGAUACAAAUAAUUAAAGCUCAAAAUGAAAACUGCACAGGCACGAUAAGCAGUAGCCGUUGUGACUAUAAAUCGAAUGUGCGCAAAUUGUCCGAUACUCUGGCUAGUAAGUUUAGAGAAAUAGUGAUCCAAGAACUUGGCAGUGAGUACACAACCCACUUCGAAUUGCGAAAUGCUUACAAAGUAAGCCGCUAUCAAUACACUGACACUAAUAUAUUGGACAGUAUAGCUGAUAAAUUGAAUUACAAACUCUCUGCAGCUACUAAUAUACUAGUGGAUAUGAAAAAUGCAAUGAACCACAGCUCUAGUCCGUCCUUUACUCAUCCUUGCCCAUUUAAUUCUAUACGUAAAUCAUUUUUCAUAAAGAAUGCUAACAUUUAUGACAAUUUACCUUACAUAGAUUCCAAAUCAAAAAUGUUGGACAGAUUCAAAGACUUAAAAAUCAAAAGACGAUAUUUUCUUUCUCAUAUGGAUUAUGCAACUGAUAAAGAUUGUACAACUGUGCCUCAUUCAAAUUUGAGGUAUUUGUAUCAUAAGAUAAUUCAUCCUGAUCCGAAACUUAUUGUUUUUAUUAUUGAUAAUAGUAUGGUAUCAGUUUCACUACUGCAUGCCUUAGCAAUUAUAAAAGAGACUGCAUAUGCAUUACAGAAUAUUGAUAUGAUGGCAUUAAAGAUAACAAAUAUGACGGAUUUUUUCAAAUUUGAGGAUGCUUGCAGCUAUGGAAUGACAAAUUUAGGCAAUGCAACAGAGAAUAACAAGCUACUACUGAGAGAAUAUCUCACUACAGUUGACACUGCAGCAUCUAAUAUUUCACCAUAUUCAAUCAAUUUAGAAAUUAAAAAAUUAUUACUUGAGAAAAAAAUACCAGAGAACAAAUUAUUCAUUUUCUUGACUGACUCGAAAAUUUUGAAAAAUGAUACAUGGCUUAAAAUAUUUCCAUACACAGAACAUGAAGGUAAUAAUUCAAAAUUUGCCAUUGGAUUAAUAAAUCAGAGUGACGCUGAUAAGAAUGGCACGCUAGAAAUAUUGCAUAUUGAUAAAGGGCAUAAUCAAGCUAACAAUCAUACAGUAAUGAGGCUACAUAUAAAUGAUAGUGGAAUAAUAGGGCAAAUGGCUUCAGCGUUUCUCUCAUUAUUACCUAGUAAAUACGCCAGGGAAAUAAAAAUUGAAGGACCAGUAUGGGAGGCGACAGAAAGAGACUUUAUUAUGUCUCUAGUACAUCCAAUAACAAAUGGAGUACUUGGUUUAGAUCUUUAUUGGUCGGAUCUUGCAGAGGACAUUAUUUAUUUUAAAGGAACAAAUCAGUGGAAAAGAGCUUUCAUUAUGGAUUUUUAUGGUAAAGUUCUCAUGCAUACAUACUUUCCAAGACCAGAGGCAGCCUCAGAAAAAAUUAAGUUCACUAAUUUAGAAGCUAUUGAACCUUUUGAUUUUGUGAAUAUUGUUAAAAAAGAAAUGUUAUUCAAUGCAAUAGGAAACAGUACACAUCAUGAUCACAAUAGUACUAAGUCAAUAACAUACACUUGGAAAUGGGUGCAACAAUUGUAUAUAGUUUGUUUAAUUUCUGAGUCUACAAGUAAUAAUAUGAUUAAUAAAUCUAAUAUAUUCUUUACAAAAAGUAGUAAAGAAAUUCUGUUUCACAGACUCGAUUUAUUUCCACCAAAGUCUGGCACAAUUUGCCGUCAUUUUAAACAAAUAGCCACUAUUGAUCAGGGUACUGUUUACCUUAGUCCCUCUAGUUUUCAAUCUCCGUUUACUUACCUGUAUGAUAUGGGUGAUGGACAAGAAGCAAUGACCUAUAUGCAAAACUAUUUAGCUUAUUUAAGGAGUGUAGCACAUGGCUUGCUCUCUAAUCCGGGAUUAAAGAAUGAGAUUCAACAGGAUGUUGGUUUUCUUAACUCUAUUUUGUCAUUUUUUAAAAGGCAACAUUUGCAUGGACCUUACUCUAAAUAUGUUGUAAGAAGAUAUGCAGUCACAGAAAGUGGUGUUUUAGUUAUGUACCCUGGAACAGUUCUCGAAUAUGACUAUGAACCGGUUAGAAGACCCUGGUACACAUUUGCCAUGGAAAAUCCUGGUAAGAUAAUCUUAACUCCACCGAAUCUGGACGUAGGUGGUGCAGGAUAUGUUGUAUCAAUUUCUUAUGCAAUACAUAGCUUAGUAUACCCAACUAUGGUUGUUUCAAUGGAUGUCACUAUGGGAUUUUUAUAUAAACUCCUUAUUGAUAGCUUGCCUCUAUGUGCCAUGUCGUAUGUAAAAUGUUUAAUAAUGAAUAAUCGCGGCUACUUAGUAUUACACCCUGGAUUGAUGGAUCCAAAUAGUUCUGGACCUAUAGAGCAACAGCAUAUAACUCAUAAGGAAUCAAUGAUUGCUAUUGAUAUGUUAAACCACAAGGGUUUUGUCACUAAAAGGCUGUGCAACAAUUUUUUUGAUAAAACCAUACAAAGGUUUUAUGAAUUUAACACUUCUUUGCCUAAUGUGCUCUCUAACGUUGUUUCUGGUGAUCACUGCAUUCAUUACUAUAUAGCAGCAAUUCCAGGUACAAAUGCUUUCAUUGGUCUUGUGAAUGCAUCUUGUAAUGUAGGAGCAUUUUGCCCUUGCAGCAUGGUUGACCGUCUAUGUUUGAAUUGCAAUCGUAUGGAGCAAACUGAAUGCGAAUGUCCAUGUGAAUGUAGCUCAGAGAUAUAUGAAUGCCCCGAUGCCAAUGCAACAAGGAUCAAUGAAAACAUACCUCUUUGUGGUAUGGUACCUGAAAAUAACAAUCAUAAAUCCCAUUACUUUCAUAAUUUUGCAGAGAAUUUGAAGAUGUGCUUCGAUUUUCAGUGUGAGACUUAUUUAACUCACUUAACUUGCUUAGGCGUUUUGGGUUGUGAGUGGUGUCAGGUAGAUGCUGAUGGUCGGACACCACUAUCUUCUCCUUUUUGUACUUCUCAAUCAACGUGUUUUAAUGGAGUAUUAGGAGCUGUCACCCCAUAUGGUGAAAGUGCAUAUGGUCAUGCCAAUAGAGAUGCUUUAGGAAGCUACUCAGCGAUAGGGCCAAUAGCAGGUUGUAUUAUAACCAUAAGCUUAGUUAUAGCUGUUGCAAUAUAUUGUUAUAGACAAAAUGUAACUACAGCAAGUUGUCACAAUUUAUAUGUUGACGGUCCAGCUGAAACAUGGCAUGAUGCUGAUGUACAAAUGAGUCACUUGCAAUCGGAUGAUAUGCAUGAUCAGUCAGGGCAAGAUAAAUUACUGCCAGCCAUGGAGAUAGAAGCUCCAAUAUCGCCUUAUCGAGUAGUCACUGGUUAUAGACGGCCUCAUACAACAGGGGGUUCGGAUCAUGGUUAUUCUACCAUGACUCCUCAUGAAGAUUCAGAAGCCACAGGGUUCUCUGUUAAUGAUCCAAUUAUUUUAUCAGAUGACACAAAGUCUGAUGUCAGUUGUCCCAUCCCGGCUAAGAUUAAACCAAGAUUAAAACCUGAUUUCAUGACUGUUGUACCAUGUGGUAAAAACAGUGUUAUUGCCCCUGUUACUGUACAUAGACAUAUGGAAGCAUCAUAG